CUACCGGUUCUAAUACUCGUUCUACUGGUUAUAUCGGGGGAUCCAUCCUUGGUCGUCUACUCGCACAUCCGAACAAGAGAAACUUCGAGAUUACAGCUCUGGUGCGUUCUCCUGAGAAGGCGGAACGAUUAAGGAUAUUUGGCAUAAACAUUGUCAUCGGGUCUACCGACGAAACCGAGAAAUUGAGAACGCUAGCAUCUAAUGCUCAUGUUGUUUUCUCAACCGUAGGCUCACUGCGACGAUGUUCUUGCAAUCCAGGCUAUCUUACGUGGUUUGAAGAUGCGUUAAAACACAGGCGGAGAUGUUCCUCUCCUCAGUCAUACCUCUGAUACAUGGAUCGAAAGUCGUCCGCCCACUCGACCUCAUCGUCCCGUCGAUCUCGUUAUCACAGAGGCGGAUAAGGAAGGUUAUGUCAAAUCGAAUCCGGAUUUCUUAUUCCAUAGGAAUUCCCUUGUUUAUCAAAGGAGCUCUGGUCCGGCGUGAAGUCGCUAUGAUAGGAAAAGGCCUCGCCAAGUGGACGAAUGUUCACAUCGAUGACUUGGUGGAACUUUUCAUCAUUCUCUUCAAGACUAUCCUUUCAAACCCCGAGAAAAUCGGACAUGGACGCGAAGGUUAUUUUUUUGCAGGGAAUGGUGAACGCACGUGGUUUGAUCUACCCUGAUCUACCCUCUGUAAUCGGAAAAGCUCCGAGCCAACUGCUCUCACAGACGAGGGAUCAAAUACGCUAGCUCGGUGCGAAGAAACAAGUCUGGCGCAAAUGCUGGAUGUUGCGGUAACCGAUCGAGGGCAUUGGGUUUGGACCCGAAAGCACUCGACGAAUGAGAUGUUUGAGAGCGUACGGCCGCAAGCUGAGGCAUUACUGGAGAUGAUACGAGAAAAGAAGUAGGACCGACAUUGGUGCAAACUGAUAUGUUGGAUCACCUCGACGAAGUUCGCAUGUCGCUUCAUACCCACAACGUGCCUUUUACUCAAUAAGUAUGCGAAGCGUGC